AUAACUGUAACCGUUUCGAAUUCCCUCGCUUUUUCGUCUUUCCAAAUUCCAACUUCCUUCUUCCCCGUAAGCUACGCGCCCUGGCCGCGCACGUUAUCCAACCCCACCGUGCGCACAUUAGCAAACGCCUCCCUCUCCUCCGAUCCCGGUACGCCGUUCUGCCCUCCAUGGCCUCCGGAUCCGUACAACCGGGACGGAUAAGAAUUCUGAAAAAUGGCUCUCAACCUUCUGAUGGAAAGGUGGGUCCCGUCGUUUACUGGAUGUUUAGAGAUCAACGGCUGAGAGACAAUUGGGCUUUGAUCCACGCCGUCGAUCAGGCUAACAAGGCCAAUGUCCCCGUUGCGGUGGCUUUCAAUCUGUUUGAUCAGUUUUUGGGCGCCAAGGCUCGACAUUUAGGGUUUAUGCUUAGGGGUUUGAAACAAUUAAAUCUUGUUAUGGAAGAAACUCUUCAAAUCCCGUUCUACUUGUUUUUGGGAGAAGCUGAAGAAACUAUACCGAAUUUCUUGAGAGAAUGUGGGGCUUCGCUUCUAGUAACAGAUUUUUCUCCAUUAAGAAAAGUUAGAAAUUGCAAAGAGGAAAUGUGCAGAAGGGUUGGUGAGUCUGUGACUGUUCAUGAAGUUGAUGCUCACAAUGUGGUGCCCAUUUGGGUGGCAUCUGAGAAAUUGGAGUAUGGAGCUAGGACUAUAAGGACUAAGAUAAAUAAGAAGCUUCCUGAGUACCUUAUUGAUUUUCCUAUAUUGAAGCCACCAAUUACGAAAUGGAUUCUUGAAAAUCAAGUGACUGACUGGGAUGCAAUCAUUGCUGAGGUUUUGAGGAAAGGAGCAGAAGUCCCUGAAAUUUCAUGGUGUGAACCAGGAGAGCAGGCAGCAAUGGAAGUUUUGAUGGGUAGUAAAAAUGGCUUUUUGACAAAACGGUUGAAGAAUUAUUCUUCUGACAGGAAUAAUCCAUUGAAGCCUGGAGCACUUUCUGGUCUUUCUCCCUAUCUACAUUUUGGCCAAAUUUCAGCACAAAGGUGUGCCUUAGAGGCACGUGCUGUUAGGAAAGCUUCUCCUGAGGUUAGUGAUGUUCAGUUGAUAGCAUUUGUCAUGGUACUCUUGGUUUUUGCCACGUUGUUUAUAUGUUUUUCCUUCUACUUGCUAUUCAAGGCAGUCGAUACAUUUUUGGAGGAGCUGGUAGUGCGGAGAGAACUUGCUGAUAACUUCUGCUUCUACCAGCCCCAUUAUGAUUCACUUCAAGGAGCAUGGGAUUGGGCACGGAAGACUUUGAUGAAUCAUGCUUCCGAUAAGCGAGAACAUCUUUACACGAGAGAACAACUAGAGAAGGCACAAACUGCUGAUCCUCUCUGGAAUGCUUCUCAGCUGGAGAUGGUCCACUAUGGAAAGAUGCAUGGGUUUAUGAGGAUGUAUUGGGCGAAGAAGAUCCUUGAGUGGACAAGAGGACCUGAAGAAGCCCUUGAGAUAUCUAUCUAUUUGAACGACAAGUAUUCAAUAGACGGAAGGGACCCAAAUGGAUAUGUAGGUUGCAUGUGGUCAAUUUGUGGCAUUCAUGACCAGGGUUGGCGAGAACGGCCAGUUUUCGGGAAGAUACGUUACAUGAACUAUGCAGGGUGCAAAAGGAAAUUUGAUGUGGAUGGUUACAUAGGCUACGUGAAGAGAUUUGUGAGUGAAAUGAAGAAAAGAAAAGCAGAGAACCAACUCUGUGGAAAGCCAAAAGAACUUCGCAGUUAGCAUUUUAGACCCCUCUAAUCUAAGCUCUAACUGUCAGUAAACUUUAAUACACUUUAACCAUAUCUAGCUUCCCAAGUCAAAGGAAUUUUUCUGUAUGUUAUUGAAGAAACGAAUUGCUAGGAAGCCAUGUUUUUUGAGAAUACAAACUAGAAUUACUAUAGGGGUGUAAAAACUGAAAUGUUGUAUCAAUCUAUGUAGUUUUUUCA